CCACGCAUCAUUCACUCACGUUUUCCACUUCCAUUUGCUCUCUAUCGCUCUCGCUCUCUCUCUCUCUCUCUCUCUCUCUCACUGAUUGAAAAGUUCCUUUCCAAUCCGUAAGAAUGGCGGAUGGCAGCCACCAAGCGCUUAGCAAGCCGGACAAUUCGCCGCCGCCACUCGACGGCAACGCGAUGGUGGCGAAGGCCCUGGCGCGCGCCGGCGUGGAUCGGAUGUUCGGUGUGGUGGGGAUUCCGGUGACCUCCGUGGCCACCCGCGCCGUCGCCAUGGGCAUCCGCUUCAUCGCCUUCCAUAACGAGCAGUCCGCCGGAUACGCCGCCUCCGCCUACGGGUACCUCACUGGCCGCCCUGGCGUACUUCUCACCGUCUCCGGCCCCGGCUGCGUCCACGGCUUAGCAGGCCUCUCGAACGCCGCCGUUAACGCCUGGCCGAUGGUCCUGAUCUCCGGCUCCUGCGAUCAGAAAGAUUUCGGCCGCGGCGACUUCCAGGAGCUGGAUCAGAUUGCCACCGUGAAGCCGUUCUCCAAAUUCUCCGCCAAACCCACGAGUAUUAAAGAAAUCCCUAGUUGCGUGUUCCAAGUUCUAGGUCAUGCUGUCUCGGGUCGGCCCGGUGGGUGUUACUUGGACCUUCCGUCCGACGUACUUCACGAAACGAUCACCGAAUCUGAAGCCGAGAAGUUGCUUCUUGAAGCUGAGAGUGGUUGGCCACAACCGAAUGCGAUUGGAACUGUUGGCUGUUCCGAGAUUGAGGCGGCGGUCUCGUUGCUCCGUCACGCUGAGCGGCCGUUGAUUGUGUUCGGCAAAGGUGCUGCGUUUGCUAGGGCUGAGAAUGGACUGAGGAAAUUUGUGGAGAGUACUGGGAUUCCGUUCUUGCCCACUCCAAUGGGCAAGGGUUUGUUGCCGGACACCCACGAGCUCGCUGCCACGGCGGCAAGGUCGCUGGCAAUCGGCAAAUGCGACGUGGCGCUGGUAGUUGGUGCCCGGCUCAAUUGGCUGUUACAUUUUGGCGAGCCACCAAAGUGGUCCAAGGAUGUGAAAUUUAUCUUGGUUGAUAUAAGCAAGGAAGAGAUUGAGAUGCGAAAUCCGUGUUUGGGAUUGGUUGGUGAUGCAGCAAAGAUUAUGGAGAUGAUCAAUAAGGAGAUUAAAAACGAUCCUUUUUGUUUGGGGAAGUCUCAUCCUUGGGUUGAAGCUAUAUCAAAGAAAUCAAAAGAGAAUGUGUCCAGAAUGGAGGCUCAGUUGGCUAAGGAUGUUGUGCCCUUCAAUUUUCUGACGCCAAUGAGGAUUAUUAGAGAUGCGAUUCUAGGUGUGGGUAGUCCUGCUCCUAUAUUGGUCUCGGAAGGUGCCAAUACUAUGGAUGUUGGCCGCUCUGUUUUGAUUCAAACUGAGCCGAGGACUAGGCUGGAUGCAGGUACAUGGGGAACAAUGGGGGUUGGUCUGGGCUACUGCAUUGCUGCAGCUGUGGCUUCACCUGACCGGCUAGUGGUUGCUGUUGAAGGGGACUCUGGUUUUGGUUUUAGCGCCAUGGAAGUGGAGACAUUGGUACGAUAUAAGUUGCCCGUGGUGAUCAUCGUUUUCAACAACGGUGGCGUAUAUGGCGGUGACCGGAGAAGCAGUGAAGAAAUCACUGGGCUUUACAAGGACGAUCCAGCACCAACGUCUUUUGUCCCCGAUGCAGCAUAUCAUAAACUCAUCGAAGCUUUUGGGGGCCACGGUUAUCUUGUUGGGACACCGAGCGAACUCCAGUCUGCCCUCGCUGAAUCCUUUUCUGCCCGGAAGCCAGCUGUGAUAAACGUCAUAAUCGAUCCAUAUGCCGGUUCAGAAAGCGGGAGGAUGCAGCACAAGAACUGAGGUGGGCUACAAAUGCAGCUUAGAAAUACUUAUGAAUUUGUUUGCUGCCGGCCAUGGCAGUUGUCUAUGGCUGCUCAAUAAUGUAAAGUUCCUGUGCUAGGAGGAAGCAAAUUAAGGUACUGCCUCUAUAGCAGCCUGCAAACGAGGUAUUUGAUUUUGCUUGUUAUAUCUGGCUUCCGAAGUGAUGUUGCCAUGUUGAAGAGAUAGGAUACAUAAGCUUAGAUUUCCUAAUUUUUGUCAAAUUUGUAAUGUCUUCACCUGCAGAACAUGAAGUUGUAUCAAGUAGAUUUCCACUUGAUUCAGACUUGGUUACUUGAGUACACUAUGAUAGUAAUAAAAUCAAUUCUCCUUUUA